AUGAAGGAUCAUCUAAAGCAGCUUCGUCUUCAGCGCCAAAAACUCGACGAAGGAGAAAACGCAAGGAAGUCGAAGCUGACGGAGACGACUAGUCUCCAGACAUUUACGAUGACAUGCGGAAAUAUUUGA